GAUAAGAAUUGCAGUGUUUACUUUCACCUUGGUUUAUUAGCAUAAUCUGAACAUGGUUUUUAUAACAUUGAUCAUUCAUUCAAUGUAUGUUAAUGCAAUAGAGUGGCUUAAACAGAUGCCAAGUUCUUUGUCAUAGGUUAAAGGGUUCUGUGAAGGAUGAAUAUGCAACCGGCUGUCCAUUCCAGAUCAUCUGUGAAUGGAUUUGGCCGUCGUAGAGGCGAAAGAGAUGUGGGGACCAGGCUGGAGAACAGGUCACAGAGUGGGAAGUCAAAUUCCAAUAACAGAUUAACAUCUACUGGGAGCAAAACUGGUGGCCAUGAGAGUCCUUCGCAUGAUCGCUUAGUAUAUAUAACUACUUGUUUUGUUGGUCAGCAUGUGGAUGUCCAUGUGAAAAAUGGAUCCAUAUAUUCUGGAAUAUUUCAUGCAGCAAACGAAAAAGAUUUUGGAAUUAUAUUGAAGAUGGCUCGCUUGACAAAAUAUGGUAGCUCUCGAGGACAAAAGUCUCCCGUGGAGUCAGUUAGCAAGCCUCCCGCAAAGACAUUGAUUAUACCUUCUAAAGAACUUGUGCAAGUUAUAGCAAAGGAUGUUUCUGUUACAAGUGAGGGGUUUUUAGAUGAGGCUCAGUGUGAAAAACAACAAGAACUUAUGAUAGAUUCUGUCAUAUCGCAAUCUCGCCAUGUUGAGUUGGAGAGAGAACUUGAGCCAUGGGUCCCUGACGAAGAUGAUCCGCAAUGCCCUGAAUUAGAGAAUAUUUUUUAUGGCCAUUGGAAUAGGGGAUGGGACCAGUUUACAGCAAAUGAAGCAUUGUUUGGAGUUAAAAGCACAUUUGAUGAGGAACUUUACACCACAAAGCUUGAGAGAGGUCCUAAGACUCGAGAGUUGGAAAAGGAAGCUCAAAGAAUUGCAAGAGAAAUUGAGGGUGAGGACACUCGUGAUCCUCAUUUAGCAGAGGAAAGAGGCUUUCAACUCAGUGGCAAUUUAGAUAUUGAUGAGGAGACAAGAUUCUCUUCUGUCUAUCGUGGUAAGAUAGUUGAUGACAGUGGUUAUGAUGAGGAUGUAUUGGUGGAUUCACAUAAUAAUGACACCUUUGGAGAUUCCUCUACCUCUGGAAACAGAUUGUUUGAAUGUAACCAAGCUGUUCAAGUGUUCAUUUACUUUUUGCCAGUUACUUACAACUGA